AGCUAGGACUUGAACUGGGCAGUGUAUUAAAAAGAGACCGCUUACAUGCAUAGAUAUUACGUCGGUUACCGCUCUCCCUCUGUAUAGAAUAGUUGCAGUUGAUUAAAUUGUAUAUGAGGUACAUACGUCCUAAGGUUUGUUAUAUUAAUCCUUCUUUAGCGAAUCAAUUAGAAUGGAAUAUUUCACUUCCGCGCUCCGUUGCAUACCUGAGGUCAUGUUCAGGUUGUAGUGGUUGUUAAUGAUGUGCUGUGCCGGGGACAUGACGUGCUCCCGGCUCUAGCCAAACACGGACCUCAGUGCCGACUUGGAGAUAGGUAUCUAGCUGUACGAUGUAGGUAGACUGGACAGUAUCCGGAACGGAAGAUUGCGACGCGCCCAGUCGCAUGUAUGUAAUCUUUAUCUCCUAUGGGUUUCUUUUCAUUUAUCAUUAUCUCAUCUGCUUUACUUCAUGAGCUUUGAUCUCUAGGUAUUGGCUGUCAUACGACCAUUUGCGGUCGGAUUCUUUCUAUCUACAGAGGAAAAAUGGCGGGCGAUGAUACGACUAAAUCUCUCAUUGAUGAGAGGACGAGGCUGUUAGAAACUGACAGCUCUAAUGACGGAUCUUCUAACAACAGCUUCAUAGACAAUUCUUCGUCCCCGUCGGUAUAUGGCACUUCUGCUGAACCUGACCAGGAACGAUGCGACCAGGCUGUAAUUCCAGAGGAACCUGUGCGAAAAACUUACAGCCAUAAGUUUAUCUCCAGAGUUGUUCUUACUCUACUGAUUGGAGUGUUCACAGGGAAUGCGGAUGGCUCAUUGGUAAUAGCGACGCAUCCCGUGAUAGCAUCUGAAUUCAACGAUCUUGAAAACUCCACAUGGAUAUUUAUUAGCUUCUUACUCGCAGGAGCGGCAACCCAAUCGCUUUACGGCAAAUUAAGCGAUAUAUACGGUCGCAAAUCUGUCCUGUUAACUUCGUAUGCUUUGUUUGCUGCUGGCUCGGUUCUAAUCGGCGUUGGCCAGUCGAUGUGGCAAGUCAUAGUCGGGCGCGUGAUUUCCGGCUCCGGAGGGUCUGGUAUAAUGACGUUAGCUGCAAUUAUUAUAACCGAUUUGGCCCCUUUAAGAGAUGUGGCUUCAUGGCAGAGUUAUCUCAAUGUGGUGGCUACUGUCGGCCGAAGUCUAGGUGGCCCUACCGGAGGGCUUCUCGCUGAUACUAUUGGAUGGAGAUGGUCAUUCUUAGGCCAAGCACCGAUAUUCUUGCUCGCCAUGGUCCUCUGCGGGAUGACACUUCCCAACUUAACACCAGAACGAAGCCGAACUAAUGGUGAAAGUACGAAGAAUCGACUGGCUAGGAUAGAUUUCCUAGGGGCUAGUCUUUUAGGGGGUGGUCUUCUGUCCAUCCUUCUACCCCUGAAGAUUGCUGGGCAAAAGGUGCCAUGGGGGAGCCCGAUUGUCCUAUCACUCUUUACACUGGGAGCGGUCCUUCUAGCGCUAUUUGCAGUCGCAGAAAUACGAUGGGCAAAAGAGCCUAUUUUCCCGCUAAGGUUAUUGAGAAAUCGAGAUGUGGUUUUCAGCUACCUUAUCAUGCUUCUGCAAACGGCCGCGCAAGUAGGGAUGAUGGUCUCCGUCCCUCUUUAUUUUCAGGUAACAAAAAGAUCUUCUAGCACUGUCGCUGGAGCCCACCUUAUACCAGCCGUCAUUGGUAAUACUAUUGGAGGUCUGAUCACUGGCGCGUGGAUAAGGAGGACCGGGUAUUUCAAGGCACCGAUAGUUUUCGCCGGUAUUAUUUCUUUCAUCUGUUACGGGCUCUUAAUAUUGAGAUGGAAUGGUAAAACCAACUGGUUAGAGUCAUUAUACAUCUUUCCUGGAGGCUUCGGCACCGGUAUUUCAGCAAAUGCAGUUUUUGUUGCUCUGCAAGCGGCGAUAAAUCCCGCGGAUAAGGCCAUGGCAACAUCGGGCCUGUAUCUUUCGGCACCAGUUGGGUCGAUCCUAGGUAUGGCAGCCUGUAAUGCGGUAAUGCAGACGACGAUGCCCGCGGAAUUGGCGGCGAAGUUACGCGAACUUGGCGUGGAGAAAACCGAGGCCGAAGAGAUCAUCAAGCAAGCCACCGCGCGGAUCGAUUAUCUAGAUGAAGCCCCACGACGAAUAGCUCAAGCAGUUUCGGAAGCUUAUGUUCGCGGACUCGAGUAUAGCCAUGGAAUUUCGUUGCUCUGUGCCGUACUUGCGAUAGUAUGCGCGCUGUUGAUGAGAAGUAGAAAAUUAGGUUGAUAGAGGUAUCUGUAUUGCGACCGCGAUGUAAGCACCUAAAAGGUAAAGGAAGUCUAGUAUGACGUCGGUGUGGGGGAGGCCUUUUUACACCAAAUUCCUACCGCCACCCUACGUAGCCCCCUGGCCACACGCGGCCAUUGUUGUUAACACAGCCACAAUUAUAGCUGUUCAGCCUGUCACAUAGAAGUAACUGAAAAGAGCCUUAGGUGUUAGUGCACUACACAUCUUU